GAAUCGCCAGUUAUGUACCUCUGAUUUCUGACACUAAUACGUAACCGUUUAUGGCGAACACUUGUUAUCUGUUUUCUAAGUGUUAAAGCAGUGUCUUAAUUAAGUAUGACAACUAGGACGAGAAUAGAAAUGCAAGAUUUACCUCCGAAAGGAGGAUAUGCACCUUAUCAAAUCGACCGAAUUCAGUUGCGUACCAUUGUAGGAGGUCGACUUGGUCUUGCAGCUCUUUAUAUUAGUACAGCUGUUGGAGCUGUUUUGUAUCAUGCCAAUUGCUACGAAUAUCGAAGAAAUGAAAUUGAAAUGAGAAGCUCUCGUCUUGCUGUAGAACCAUUGUUGGAGGCAGAAAGAGACAGAGCAUUGAUGAAACGUAUGAGAGAAAUUGCAAUUGAAGAAGCUGAUUUAAUGAAAGAUGUUCCAGAAUGGGAGCUAGGAACUUACUUUGGAGAACCAGUAUUUCUUUCACUUCCUCCAGAAAAAUUCGUUAAACCUACACGUAAUGAACUUAAUCUGCAUUCACACGUCAAGGAUUAUUCAACUCGUUUUUACUUAAGAUCCCUCACAUAAACGUUUCUUUAUUGAAACUUGUAUGUUG